UUCGUGUCCAGACUCCAGAGGCGGAAGGCAGGCGAGCGAGGAACCCUAACCCUAACGAGGAGGCAAUCCGGCCCAGAUCCCGCAAGGCAGCGACGAUGUCGGCGCUUCUUCGACAGGGGGCGAGGAGGAUCUGUGGCGCCGUGCUCCAGCGAACCCGGGCGGCGGUCACUUCACCGGCGGUUGCGGAGGAGCGACGCCGGAUCGUGGCAAGUCGCAUGUACAGUACCGAGGAGCAAGGUCAUGUGGAACUCGUGCGUGAGAUCCAGAAGAGGAAAGACGAGCUCUAUGAUUUGAUCGUUAAGGGGGAUAGGAAUUGUAAGACUAGUAGCUGGUGGGACGCUUUCUUCCUCACGCAUCUUUGUAAAGAUGUCACCCCAAGACCUUCUGACUCUGUCUGGCGCGAUCUGAAGUCUUCAACAAGUGUUAUCAGCAGGAUCAAGAGAGCAGGCUUCUUUUCAUUAGGCUUUUUGGCCGUGGAUUAUUACAAUGCUUCUCUUAACGACGAGAAGGUAGCUCCAGGCAUGAUCAUGAAAGAAGAGCAUGCAGCAAGCGAAGUGGAGGAGUAAAUUACAUAUAGGUACCACUUUUGGGGCAA